AAAGGUCGGUUUCUACAAACACAAGUAGAUCACGAUCUCUGAUCCUUCUAUUGUGGAAAAGUAAUGUAUAGGUUCCUACUUGCUUGAGAGUGUAUCGCAUUUAUGAUAUUAACGAGCAAAGUUGAAUGAUUUUCCGACAGCUAAGAAGAUUUUUAUGACUCCACCAUGUCAAACCGAUUUUUUGAAGGUGCUUCACACGCGGAUCAGUAUAUUAAAUUCAGGCCUACCUAUUCCGAAGAAGUGUGUCAGAAGAUUUUACGAUUUCUGAACGAAAAGAGGCCCCCUCCCCAUCAGCUGCUUGUAGAUGUUGGUUGUGGAUCUGGCCAAGGGACCUAUGGCUUGAGCUCACAAUUUGAACGAGUCAUUGGAUUUGAUGUGAGCCCUGCACAGGUUGAGGCGGCAACGAAGGAAAAUACUUUCCCCAACGUUGAAUUCAAAGUAUCACAAGCGGAAACUCUACCUUUGGACGACCACUCUGUGGAUCUGAUCACGUGUUUCGAGGCUGUGCAUUGGUUUGAUUUUGAUGAGUUCUGUAAUGAAUGUAGACGAGUCUUGAAACAAAAUGGCUGCCUGGCUAUCAUCAACUAUGGAGAUUAUAAGAUCGAACACGAGGAUGAACAUAUCAUGAAAAACCUGGAACGAUAUUUCAAAGAGCUUGAAAGAGACCUUGAAAAGUUUUGGCUUUCGAAAGGAAAAUUUGCGCAAGAUGGUCUGCCUGGAUUACAUUUACCCUUCCCACAAUCCCUCAGAGAGGAGUCUCUGCAGCUUAGAUGUAAAUGGUCCGUUUCCCAAAUAACUGGUUAUAUCAGAAGUUGUUCUGCAUUUCAGCGACAGUUAAAGACUAACCCAUCCGAUCAAGUUAUAAAGGACUACCAAAGCAAGGUCAUGUCAGCUGUAGCUAGCCCAAGUUCAUCACCUGAUGACGUCAUUCUUAACAUCGUCUGGCCUCUCACGUUACUGUUGGGUAGAAUAUAAUGAAAUACACUUUAAGAGAUGGACAAAAAAUUGGGUGUAUGGAUCUACCCCCUCCUGUUAUAGCUACGUUAGCAGCCGCGGAUCCUAUUAUAUUUUUUUUUUUUGGGGGGGGGGGGUAUUCUUCAGGUAAAUACUUAUAGUAACAUCAUUCUCGAUCAUGUCGAUCGCCAUUGUCAUCAUCAUCAUCGUUGUCAUUAUCAGUAUCGACAUCAACAUGACCAUGAUCAUCAUCAGUUACAUCAUCAUCAUCGUCAUUCAUCGUCAUCAUCAGUUUCGUCAUCAAUUAUCAUGGCAUCGUCAUCAUUAUCAUCAUCAUCAUCUUACCAUAGUAUUAGUAUUAGCGUGCCUGACGGAGGGGUGGGGGCAGGGGCAGCUAGUAUAGAAGUCGCAGUAGUUAGUAGUAGCAUGGAUGGAGCUUAAUGGUAGUAGUAGUAGUAGUUGUUGUUGUUGUUGUAGUAGUAGUCGUAGCAACAGCAGUAGUAGUAGUAGUAGUAGUAGUAGUAGUAGUAGUAGUAGAAGUAAUAGUAGCAGUAGUCAUGGUAGUAGAAGUAGUAGUAGUUGUUGUUGUAGCCAUAGUAGUAUUAAUAGUAGUAGUAGUAGUAGUAGUAGUAGUAGUAGUAGUAGUAGUAGUAGUAGUAGUAGUUGUAGUAGUAGUAGUUGUUGGAGUUAUGUAGGUAUGGUGAAAAUGGGAGUGCCACAGGGAACAUGAGGGACCAUAAGGGAAAACUGUCCCGUAUAUUUUUUCAGGUAGUUGGAUAAGAAUUAAAAGAAAAAGUAAAAAAGAUUAAAUGUUUCGUUAAGCUCAUUAAUAUCCCUGUAAUUCAACUGAAGAAAAAAAAAUAGUCGUCUCCCUAUCAAUGUGUUUUUUUUUUAUGGCGGCGGCCAUGAGUAGGGGACGUCAUCGAUUCCUACAGAUUGGUUGUGUAUAUAUCUGUGUUUUGUC